GGAUGGCUUUGUCUCUACCAGACCGCCCAAUCCCAUUCGUGGAAACCGUCAUUUUGAAAACGUUGGCGGCCUGAAAGUUUUAAAGAAAAAGACUGGCCUCUCCACGCUGUGAAGCUGAACGCUGCAUUUCUAUCUAAAAUGCAGAAUAAGGAAAAUUAUGAGCCUAGGUGUCCCCAAAGACAGUUUGCAACCCCGAGUAUGGUGACCGGACCACAGCGUGUUCUCGUGAAGCCUGCAAUGAAACAUUCAAUGACAGGUCCUGGGAGAGAAUGUGUAAGCUCAUCUUUUACUUCUCCGCCAAAGAAAAUAACCAUUGAUGACUUCGACAUUGGCCGGCCACUUGGAAAGGGCAAGUUUGGCAAUGUCUACCUUGCAAAGGUGAAGAAGCAGCAAGCCAUUGUGGCGCUGAAGGUGUUGUUUAAGUCCCAGAUGGAGAAGGAAGGUGUGGAGCAUCAACUAAGGAGGGAAAUUGAAAUUCAAGCACAUCUCAAACACCCAAACAUCCUGCGUUUCUACAAUUAUUUCCAUGAUCGCAAGAGGGUUUUCUUGGUGCUAGAAUAUGCCCCACGUGGAGAAAUGUACAAAGAGCUACAGAAGUAUGGACGGUUUGAUGACCAGCGGACUGCAACAUACAUGGAGGAGAUAUCUGAUGCUCUGAUGUAUUGCCAUCAGAAGAAAGUGAUUCACCGUGACAUCAAGCCAGAGAAUCUACUUCUUGGCUUUCGUGGAGAGCUUAAAAUAGCUGACUUUGGGUGGUCUGUCCAUGCACCAUCUCUAAGACGUCGCACUAUGUGUGGGACAUUGGACUACCUUCCUCCUGAGAUGAUUGAGGGACACACGCACAGCGAGAAGGUGGACUUAUGGUGCAUCGGAGUCCUGUGCUACGAAUGCUUAGUUGGCAACCCGCCUUUUGAAACAGCCAGUCAUACAGAAACCUAUAAGAGGAUUAUGAAGGUGGAUCUGAGCUUCCCUAAAACGGUCUCUGACGGUGCUCGGGACCUGAUCUCGAAGCUGCUCCGCCACAACCCCAUCGAUCGCCUGUCUCUUCAGAAUGUUAUUGACCACCCGUGGGUGCGGGCCAACUCUCACAGACUCCUUCCUCCCACCUGUCCCACCAAGCAGCCCUGAGCCCACCAGCCUGCGGACUGUCCUCUGAAGGACGUUUUAGCUGCGCUUCACAAAAGGCUCUGCGCUAGCGGGAUCACUGCCAUUAUUCUGGCACGUUUUAUAAUGGUGAUACAUUACACAGAGAAGCAGCAUCCUCUUUACCUGAAACCUUCAAAUGUUUAAAUGUAAAGAGUUAUUUACUUUAAGGUUUAUUUCUUUUGCUUCUAAAUGAGAACACGGGAUUAUCAAAAUAGAUUAGAUUGCACAAAUUCUUGUAUGCAUUCAUGAUCACUUUUACUUUAUACAGUGUGAUAUCUGUUUGUAUGUCCAUUUUCCCUGGCAGUUUGUUUUUAUGUGUUUAGUGGAACGUUUUUUAAGAUGUGAUAGUGUUUUUGAUUUGAUUUACAACAGUGUUUUCACCAAAGUACUACUGUUGGACUUCCUCAUGAAAGUAUUUUCUCCAGCUGCUUAAGAUAAGGUUUUUGUAGCUUGGGCUGAAAGGAAUAUUUUUGAUUAUUUCCCUUGCAAGCUUUUCUUGAAAUUUCUAAUAAAUUCUAUAAACAGA